AUGGCAAUUAUAAGAACACUGCGCGUUCCAGAAAAUUUCACGCGGCCGGGUAUUGGAUGGCCUUAUAUCAACUCCACUGCUCAUCACUGCCACUGGGAAGGCAUUACCUGUGACGAUCAUGGCCGCGUUGCAGAGUUAAGUCUGCAGUCUCAAGUUGGAUGCACUGAUGAACCUGGGUGGUGUCACGAUGUUGGCUAUCUUGAUCCACUAGUUUUCACAUCUCUGACUAGCAUUCAUCUCAGUUCGUGUGGUCUCUAUGGAGAUAUCCCACCACACAUAGGUUACCUCUCCAACCUAACUUAUCUCAAUUUCUCCAAUAAUCAACUCAAUUCCCAACUGCCUCUUUCAUUGUCAAAUUUGAGUGAAUUACUUGUGCUCGACAUUUCUUUUAACUAUGGCAUUUAUGGUCGCAUUCCACCUGACAUAGGAAGUUUAUCCAAGCUUACUCAUCUCAAUUUCUCUCGUAAUCGACUCAAUUCCCAACUGCCUCUUUCAUUAGCAAAUCUGAGUGAGUUACUUGUGCUUGACAUUUCUUAUAACUAUGGCAUUUAUGGUGUCAUUCCACCUGAAAUAGGUAGCUUAUCCAAAAUUAAUCAUCUCGAUUUGUCUGGUAAUAGACUCCAUGGUGAGCUGCCUGUAAAUUUGAGUGAGUUACAUGUGCUCAGCAUUUCUUGGAAUAAGUUUACCGGUGUCAUUCCACCUAAGAUAGGAAGCUUACCAGAACUAACUCAUCUCGAUUUGUCUCACAAUUACCUUGAGGGUGAGUUGCCUCUUUCACUGUCGAAUCUAACUAAAUUGAUAGUCAUUGACAUUUCUUGGAAUAACUUUUCUGGGGUCAUUAUGCCUGAGAUAGGAAGCUUAUCAGAACUAACUCAUCUCGAUUUAUCUAGCAAUCGACUCGAGGGUGAGUUGCCUCUUUCACUAUCAAAUCUAACUAAAUUGCAAGACAUUGACAUUUCUUCAAAUAACUUUUCUGGUGGCAUAAUUCCUAAGAUAGGAAGCUUAUCAGAACUAACUCUUCUCGAUUUAUCAAGCAAUCGACUCGAGGGUGAGUUGCUUCUUUCACUGUCGAAUCUAACUAAAUUGAUAGGCAUUGACAUUUCUUGGAAUAACUUUUCUGGGGUCAUUCCACCUGAGAUAGGAACCUUAUCAGAAAUAACUCAUCUCGAUUUGUCUCACAAUCGACUCAAGGGUGAGUUGCCUCUUUCACUUCCAAAUCUCACUAAAUUGACAGAACUCGACAUUUCUUCUAAUGACAUUUCUGGUGCCAUUCCACCUGAGAUAGGAUGCUUAGUGACACUAAGUCAUCUCAAUAUGUCUCAAAAUCAACUCUACAGUGAGUUGCCUAUUUCAGUGGCAAAUCUCACUAAAUUAGAGGUGCUUGAAAUUUUUCAAAAUUUGAUUCACGGUGCCAUUCCCUCCGGAAUAGGGAACCUCAAGAAGUUGGUUGUUCUUGAUUUGAGCAACAACAGCAUCAGUGGCUCUCUUCCCUCAACUAUCGCCCAUUUAACAAGUUUACAAUUUUUGAAAUUGGAUGUCAAUAGGCUGGAAGGUGUUUUUGUAGGGGGGAUUGAAAAGCUGCCUUCAAUCAUGAUGAUAAAUCUAAGUAGGAACUCAAUCAAAGAACAGAUACCUUUUGACUUUGGAUAUGUUGCUCCUACGAGUUUACAGAAUAUUGAUCUUUCUUGGAACAAACUUUCGGGUGGAGUCCCUGAGUCUGUUAUAUAUUUGAGAGGAAUCAAUUUGUCCUACAAUCAUUUGGAGGGCCAGAUUCCGCAUGAUGUCUGGCUUACCUUUCAAGCAGAGUCAUUCCUCGGCAAUCCCAAGUUACUUAUCCCAGAUGGAAGUUUGGAGAGAGCAAAACAUGGAAACAGGUCACACAUAGUUUAUGCUGUGGUGAUAGUAUUUGGGUGUGUGUUUCUGCUUUCAAUUCUCUUUGGAGUCUUUUUCUUAAGAAAGAAAGCAGCAGCAGCAGCAGCAUCAUCAACCUCACCUGUUCUCAAACAUGGAGACAUAUUCAAUAUAUGGAACUUUGAUGGCAACAUCGCCUAUCAAGACAUCAUCCAAGCAACACAAGACUUUGACUUGAGAUACUGCAUUGGAACUGGAGCUUACGGAAGCGUCUACAGAGCACAACUUCCCACUGGAAGAGUUGUUGCUGUUAAAAAGCUUCACAGAUUUGAAGGAGAGAACCCUAUUUUUGACUCCUCUUUUAGGAAUGAAGCCGAGGUUCUCUCUCAGAUUCGCCAUCGCCAUAUUGUCAAGCUUUUUGGUUUUUGUCUGCACCAACGGAGCGUGUUUCUCAUCUAUGACUACAUGGAUAGAGGAAGCCUCUUUAGUGUGUUGAAAGACGACGACGAAGCUGUGGAGCUGAACUGGAAGAAGAGGGUAAAUGUGGUGAAAGGCAUUGCCAAUGCGUUGUCUUACAUGCAUCACGAUUGCAGCCCGCCUAUUUUACACAGGGACAUUUCAAGCAGCAACAUACUCUUGGAUUCAAAGUUUGAAGGUUGUUUAUCUGAUUUUGGUACAGCUAGAUUGUUGGAUCCAGAUUCUUCCAAUCAGACUCUGUUAGUCGGGACUCGAGGCUAUAUUGCACCAGAGUUGGCCUUCACAAUGGUGGUUACAGAAAAAUGUGACGUAUAUAGCUUCGGAGUUGUGGCACUGGAAAUCAUGUUUGGAGAUCAUCCAGGGGAUUUCAUUUCAUCCAUGAUGAUGAUGAAGAGAUCCACACAGUUUGCUCAAAACAUGAUGGUGCAACAACUCUUGGACAAGCGGCUACCAUCUCCAGAUGAAGAUGUAAGAGUGUCCAGGGAAAUGGUUGGAGCGGUGAAAACAGCACUCAAAUGCAUAAGUACUAUU